UUGAGUAGUGAUCGGCGGGAUGAGCAGACUCUGAGGAAAAAGGAGACAGAGGAGUGAGUGUUCACCGUGGAAGAGCCCCUCAUCACUCUCCCCCCUGACAGCUGCACCAAUGUUCUCUCCCGACCAGGAAAACAUCUCCACCACCCCAGCCUCCACCAAAGUGCCAGCCAAAUACGGAGAGCUCAUUGUUCUGGGGUAAGAGGGGGGUUAAUUGCAUUUUGUUGCUUACAAUCCUGUCUCGGAGCUCUACAGACAAUUCUUUCAACCUCAUGGCUUGGUUUUUUCUCUGACAUGCACUGUCAACUGUGGGACCUUAUAUAGACAGGUGUGUGCCUUUCCAAAUCAUGUCCAAUCAAUUGAAUUUACCACAGGUGGACUCCAAUCAAGUUGUAGAAACAUCUCAAGAUGCACAUGAGCUCAAUUUCGAGUCUAAUAGCAAAGGGUCUGAAUACCUAUGUAAAUAAGGUAUUUCUGUUUUCUUUUUUUUUUUAAUACAUUUUCAAAAUAAAUUAAAAACCUGUUUUCACUUUGUCAUUAUGGGGUAUUGUGUGUAGAUUGAUGAGAAAAAAAAUAUAUUUAAUUAAUUUUAGAAUAAGGCUGUAACGUAACACAAUGUGGUAACGUAACACAAUGUGGAAAAGGGGAAGGGGUCUGAAUACUUUCCGAAUGCACUAAUAUAUAUAUAUAUAUAUAUAUAGUACCAGUCAAAAGUCUGGACAGAUCUACUCAUUCAAGUUUUUUUUUUACAUUGUAGUAUAAUAGUGAAGACAUCAAAACUAUGAAAUAACACAUAUGGAAUCAUGUAGUAACCAAAAAAGUGUUAAACAAAUCAAAAUAUAUUUCAAAUAGCCAUGCUUUACCUUGAUGACAGCUUUGCACACUCUUAGCAUUAUCUCAGCUUCAUGAGGUAGUCACCUGUAAUGCAUUUCAAUUAACAGGUGUGCCUUAUUAGAAGUACAUUUGUGGAAUUUCUUUCCUUCUUAAUGCAUUUGAGCCAAUCAGUUGUGUUGUGACAAGGUAGGGUGGUAUACAGAAGAUAGCUCUAUCUGGUAAAAUACCAAGUCCAUAUUAUGGCAAGAACAGCUCAAAUAAGCAAAGAGAAACGACAGUCCAUCAUUAUUUUAAGACAUGAAGAUCAGUCAAUCUGGAAAAUGUCAAGAACUUUGAAAGUUUCUUCAAGUGCAGUCGCAAAAACCAUCAAGCGUUAUGAUGAAAGUGGCUCUCAUGAGGACCGCCACAGGAAAGGAAGACCCAGAGUUACCUCUGCUGCAGAAGAUAAGUUCAUUAGAGUUACCAGCGUCAGAAAUUGCAGCCCAAAUAAAUGCUUCACAGAGUUCAAGUAACAGACACAUCUCAACAUCAAUAGUUCAAAGGAGACUGCAUGAAUCAGGCCUUCAUGGUCGAAUUGCUGCAAAGAAACCACUACUAAAGGACACCAAUAAGAAGAAGAGACUUGCUUGGGCCAGGAAACACGAGCAAAGGACAUUAGACCAGUGAAAAUCUGUCCUUUGGUCUGAUGAGUCCAAAUGUUAGAUUUUUGGUUCCAUCCGCCGUGUCUUUGUGAGACGCAGAGUAGGUGAACGGAUGAUCUCCGCAUUUGUGGUUCUCACCGUGAAGCAUGGAGGAGGUGUGAUGAUGUGGGGGUGCUUUGCUGGUGACACUGUCUGUGAUUUAUUUAGAAUUCAAGGCACCCUUAACCAGCAUGGCUACCACAGCAUUCUGCAGCGAUACGCCAUCCCAUCUGGUUUGCGCUUAGUGGGACGAUCAUUUGUUUUUCAACAGGACAAUUACCCAACACACCUCCAGGCUGUGUAAGGGCUAUUUAACCAAGAGGGAGAGUGAUGGAAUGCUGCAUCAGAUGACCUGGCCUCCUGGUUGAGAGAAUGCCAAGAGUGUGCAAAGCUGUCAUCAAGGCAAAGGGUGGCUACUUUGAAGAAUCUCAAAUGUAAAAUAUAUUUUGAUUUGUUUAACACUUUUUUGGUUACUACAUGAUUCCGUAUGUGUUAUUUUAUAGUUUUGAUGUCUUCACUAUUAUUCUACAAUGUAGAAAAUAGUACAAAUAAAUAAAAACCCUAGAAUGAGUAGGUGUGUCCAAACUUUUGACUGGUAUUGUCUGGAUAUAUAGACAGUAUGGGCAGUAUAUUGAAUAGAAAAGGUCUGUAACAGUAGUAGUUAUAUGGAUGAGCCAUGACUAGAAUACAGUAUAUACCUGUGGGGAGACAAGUACAUUUUGAUACACUCGCCGAAUUUUGCAGGUUUUCCAUACUUACACAGACCAUGUAGAGGUCUGUAAUUGUUGAUCAUAGGUACACGUCCAACUGUGAGAGACGGAAAUCUAAAACACAAAAUCCAGAAACUCACAUUGUAUGAUUUUUAAGUAAUUAAUUGCCAUUUUAUUGCAGACAUAAUAUGUGAACAUCAGAAAGCAGAGAACUUAAUAUUUGGUACAGAAACCUGUUUGCAAUUACAGAGAUCAUACAUUUCCUGUAGGUCUGACCAGGUUUGCACACAUACAGAGCCCAUCCAUAAUUUCCAAUUAGGUUCUUGCCUGUAAGUCUUAAGAAAGUUACAGUGUAUGACUAGCAAGCAAAGCCAGGAUAGCAGUUUACCUGUCGCGUUCGAUACGCGCCACAGGUCACACAGAGGGAGUAUCAUGUGGUUGUCAUGUGGUCUUUGGAGACACAUCAUCUUGGUUGUUGCAUCUGUUGUUGUUUAGUCUAUCUCUCGCUCUCUUACUGACUAAUAUCCACCUGUGGUACCUGUUGAACGCUGUUCGAUAAUCUCAACGUGAGUGUGAGUAAUCGAUGUGUUUGUGGUGUGUCAUGUGCUUUGGAGACCGAGCAAUCUCAGUUGUUGCGUCUGUUGUUUUGUUUAGUCUCGUUCACAGUCUCUUAUUGACUAAUAUACGUCUGCUGUUCUAGACGCACCUGGCAUGUCUGUUGUGUCUGCUCUGCGUGGCUGUUUGAUCCUGACUAAAUGUCUCGUCUGCUGUUUUCUGUUUUCUGCAGGUUGAGUAGUGAUCGGCGGAUGAGCAGACUCUGAGGAAAAAGGAGACAGAGGAGUGAGUGUUCACCGUGGAAGAGCCCUCAUCACUCUCCCCCUGACAGCUGCACCAAUGUUCUCUCCCGACCAGGAAAACAUCUCCACCACCCCAGCCUCUACCAAAGUGCCAGCCAAAUACGGAGAGCUCAUUGUUCUGGGGUAAGAGGGGGUUAAUUGCAUUUUGUUGCUUACAAUCCUGUCUCGGAGCUCUACAGACAACUCCUUCAACCUCAUGGCUUGGUUUUUUCUCUGACAUCCACUGUCAACUGUGGAUGUCAUAUAGACAGGUGUGUGCCUUUCCAAAUCAUGUCCAAUCAAUUGAAUUUACCACAGGUGGACUCCAAUCAAGUUGUAGAAACAUCUCAAGAUGCACAUGAGCUCAAUUUCGAGUCUAAUAGCAAAGGGUCUGAAUACCUAUGUAAAUAAGGUAUUUCUGUUUUCUUUAAAAAAAAUACAUUUUCAAAAUAAAUUAAAAACCUGUUUUCACUUUGUCAUUAUGGGGUAUUGUGUGUAGAUUGAUGAGAAAAAAAAUAUAUUUAAUUAAUUUUAGAAUAAGGCUGUGUAACGUAACACAAUGUGGUACGUAAACACAAUGUGGAAAAGGGGAAGGGGUCUGAAAACUUUCCGAAUGCACUAAUAUAUAUAUAUAUAUAUAGUACCAGUCAAAAGUCUGGACACAUCUACUCAUUCAAGUUUAUUAUUUACAUUGUAGUAUAAUAGUGAAGACAUCAAAACUAUGAAAUAACACAUAUGGAAUCAUGUAGUAACCAAAAAAGUGUUAAACAAAUCAAAAUAUAUUUUAUAUUUGAGAUUCUUCAAAUAGCCAUGCUUUACCUUGAUGACAGCUUUGCACACUCUUAGCAUUCUCUCAGCUUCACGAGGUAGUCACCUGUAAUGCAUUUCAAUUAACAGGUGUGCCUUAUUAGAAGUACAUUUGUGGAAUUAAUUUCCUUCUUAAUGCAUUUGAGCCAAUCAGUUGUGUUGUGACAAGGUAGGGUGGUAUACAGAAGAUAGCUCUAUCUGGUAAAAUACCAAGUCCCAUAUUAUGGCAAGAACAGCUCAAAUAAGCAAAGAGAAACGACAGUCCAUCAUUUUUUAAGACAUGAAGAUCAGUCCAAUCUGGAAAAUGUCAAGAACUUUGAAAGUUUCUUCAAGUGCAGUCGCAAAAAACCAUCAAGCGUUAUGAUGAAAGUGGCUCUCAUGAGGACCGCCACAGGAAAGGAAGACCCAGAGUUACCUCUGCUGCAGAAGAUAAGUUCAUUAGAGUUACCAGCGUCAGAAUUGCAGCCCAAAUAAAUGCUUCACAGAGUUCAAGUAACAGACACAUCUCAACAUCAAUUGUUCAGAGGAGACUGCAUGAAUCAGGCUUCAUGUCGAAUUGCUGCAAAGAGAAACCACUACUAAAGGACACCAAUAGAAGAAGAGACUUGCUUGGGCCAGGAAACACGAGCAAAGGACAUUAGACCGUGAAAAUCUGUCCUUUGGUCUGAUGAGUCCAAAUGUUAGAUUUCUGGUUCCAUCCUCCGUCUUUGUGAGACGCAGAGUAGGUGAACGGAUGAUCUCCGCAUUUGUGGUUCUCACCGUGAAGCAUGGAGGAGGUGUGAUGAUGUGGGGGUGCUUUGCUGGUGACACUGUCUGUGAUUUAUUUAGAAUUCAAGGCACCCUUAACCAGCAUGGCUACCACAGCAUUCUGCAGCGAUAUGCCAUCCCAUCUGGUUUGCGCUUAGUGGACUAUCAUUUGUUUUUCAACAGGACAAUUACCCACACACCUCCAGGCUGUGUAAGGGCUAUUUAACCAAGAGGGAGAGUGAUGGAGUGCUGCAUCAGAUGACCUGGCCUCCUGGUUGAGAGAAUGCCAAGAGUGUGCAAAGCUGUCAUCAAGGCAAAGGGUGGCUACUUUGAAGAAUCUCAAAUGUAAAAUAUAUUUUGAUUUGUUAACACUUUUUGGCUACUACAUGAUUCCGUAUGUGUUAUUUUAUAGUUUUGAUGUCUUCACUAUUAUUCUACAAUGUAGUAGUUAUAUGAGGAUAGCGCCAUGACUAGAAUAACAGAUAAGUAUACAUAUAAAGUUGGUAAAACAGUAUGUCUUUUUGGUGUUUUAUUAGGAUCCCCAUUAGUCGUUGCGAAGGCAGCAGGUACUCUUCCUGGGGUCCACACAAAACAUGAAACAUGACAUAAUACAGAAUAUGAAUAGACAAGAACAGCUCAAGGACAGAACUACAUCAAUUUAAAACAUCACACAGCCUACAAUUCAGGACAUACACACAAAAUAUCUAGGUCAAAUAGGGGAGAGGCAUUGUGCCGUGAUGUGUUGCUUUAUCUGUUUUUUUUAAACCAGUUUUGCUGUUCAUUUGAGUAAUCUGAGAUGGAAGGGCAGUCAUGGCUAUACAGUUGAAGUCGGAAGUUUACAUACACCUUAGCCAAAUACAUUUAAACUCAGUUUUUCACAAUUCCUGACAUUUAAUCCUAGUAAAAAUUCCCUGUUUUAGGUCAGUUAGGAUCAACACUUUAUUUUAAGAUUGUGAAAUGUCAGAAUAAUAGUAGAGAGAAUGAUAUAUUUCAGCUUUUAUUUCUUUCAUCACAUUCCCAGUGGGUCAGAAGUUUACAUACACUCAAUUAGUAUUUGGUAGCAUUGCCUUUAAAUUGUUUAACUUCGGUCAAACGUUUCGGGUAGCCUUCCACAAGCUUCCCACAAUAAGUUGGGUGAAUUUUGGCCCAUUCCUCCUGACAGAGCUGGAGUAACUGAGUCAGGUUUGUAAGCUCGCACACGCUUUUUCAGUUCUGCCCACACAUUUUCUAUAGGAUUGAGGUCAGGGCUUUGUGAUGGCCACUCCAAUACCUUGACUUUGUUGUCCUUAAGCCAUUUUGCCACAACCUUGGAAGUAUGCUUGGGGUCAUUGUCCAUUUGGAAGACCCAUUUGCAACCAAGCUUUAACUUGUCUUGUGUCUUGAGAUGUUGCUUCAAUAUAUCCACAUCAUUUUCCUUCCUCAUGAUGCCAUCUAUUUUGUGAAGUGCACCAGUCCCUCCUGCAGCAAAGCACCCCCACAGCAUGAUGCUGCCACCCCCGUGCUUCACGGUUGGGAUGGUGUUCUUCGGCUUGCAAGCCUACCCCUUUUUCCUCCAAACAUAACGAUGGUCAUUAUGGCCAAACAGUUCAAUUUUUGUUUAAUCAGACCAGAGGACAUUUCUCCAAAAAGUAAGAUCUUUGUCCCCAUGUGCAGUUGCAAACCGUAGUCUGGCUUUUUUAUGGCGGUUUUGGAGCAGUGGCUUCUUCCUUGCUGAGCGGCCUUUGAGGUUACAUCGAUAUAGGACUAGUUUUACUGUGGAUAUAGAUACUUUUGUACCUGUUUCCUCCAGCAUCUUCACAAGGUCCUUUGCUGUUGUUCUGGGAUUGAUUUGUACAUUUCGCACCAAAGUACGUUCAUCUCAAGGAGACAGAACGCGUCUCCUUCCUGAGCGGUAUGACGGCUGCGUGGUCCCAUGGAGUUUAUACUUGCGUAUUAUUGUUUGUACUGAUGAACGUGGUACCUUCGGGCGUUUGGAAAUUGCUCCCAAGGAUGAACCAGACUUGUGGAGGUCUACAAUGUUUUUUCUGAGGUCUUGGCUGAUUUAUUUUGAUUUUCCCAUGAUGUCAAGCAGAGGCACUGAGUUUGAAGGUAGGCCUUGAAAUACAUCCACAGGGACACCUCCAAUUGACUCAAAUUAUGUCAAUUAGCCUAUCAGAAGCUUCUAAAGCCAUGACAUCAUUUUCUGGAAUUUUCCAAGCUGUUUAAAGGCACAGUCAACUCAGUGUAUGUAAACUUCUGACCCACUGGAAUUGUGAUACAGUAAAUUAUAAGUGAAACAAUCUGUCUGUAAACAAUUGUUGGAAAAAUUACUUGUGUCAUGCACAAAGUAGAUGUCCUAACCGACUUGCCAAAACUAUAGUUUGUUAAUAAGAAAUUUGUGGAGUGGUUGAAAAAUGAGUUUUAAUGACUCCAACCUAAGUGUAUGUAAACUUCAGACUUCAACUGUAUAUAGUACUGUACGUUUUCUUGAAUUUGUUCUGGAUUUGGGGAUUAUGAAAAGACCCCUGGUGACAUGUCUGGUGGGGUAAGGGUGUGUGUCAGAGCUGUGUGUAAGUUGACUAUUCAAACCAUUUGGAAUUUGGAAACAAGUUUUUUAUGAAAAUAAGAAGUGAUGCAGUCAGUCUCUCCUCUACUUUUAGUUACGAGAAACUGGCAUGCAUAGUAUUGAUAUUAGCCUUCUGAUUAUAGUGAAGAGCAAGACGUGCUGCUCUAUGGGCCAGCUGUAGUUUUUCUAGGUCCUUCUUUGCAGCACUUGACCAUUAGACUGGGCAAUAACCAAGAUCAUUUAAAACUAGACCCUGCAGGAGUGUGGUGUCAAAAAAGCAGAACAUGUCUUUAUCACGGACAGACCAUGUAAACAUUAUUAAAGUAACCAGUGUUCAAUGACUCUAUGUACAUAGGGCAAAGCAGUCUCAAAGGUGCAGGGUAGAGUACCGGGUGGUAGCUAGCUAGUAACAUUGACUAAGGUUCAGGGCAGGGUACUGGGGGAGGUUGGCUAGUUUAACAUUCUGAUGGCUUGGCGAUAGAAGCUUUUUAACGGUGUCUCUGUCCCAGCUUUGAUGCACCUGUACUGUUUCCUCCUUCUAGAUGGUAGCGUGGUGAACAGGCCGUGGCUUGGGUGGCUGAGGUCCUUGAUGAUCGCCUUGGCCUUCUUGUGACAUCGGGUGCUGUAGACAUCCUGGAGGGCAGGCAGUGUGUCCCCGAUGCGUUGGUUCGACCACACCACCCUCUGGAUAGCCCUGCGGUUGUGGACAGUGCAAUUGCCGUACCAGGCGGUGAUACAGCCUACGAGAAUGCUCUCAAUGGUGCAUCUGUAGAAGUUUGUGAGGGUCCUAGGGGCCAAGCCCAAUAUCUUCAGCCUCCUGAGGUUGAAGAGGCGCUGUAGCGCCUUUUUCGCCACACUGUCUGUGUGAAGGGACCAUUUCAGGUCAUCAGUGAUGUGCAUAACGAGGAACUAAAAGCUUUUGCCCUUCUCGCCUACGGCCCCGUCGAUGUGGAUGGGGGCAUGCUCUCUCUGCUGUCUCCUGUAGUCAACUAUCAACUCCUUUGUUUUGUUGACAUUGAGGGAGAGGUUAUUCUCCUGCCACCACUCCGCCAGGGCUUUCACCUUCUUCCUGUAAGCUGUCUCGUCAUUGUUGGUAAUCAGGCCUACCACUGUUGUUUCGUCAGCAAACUUGAUGAUUGAGUUGGAGACUUGCGUAGCCACGCAGUCAUGGAUGAACAGGAAGUACAGGAGAGGGCUGAGCACACACCCCUGUGGGGCCCCAGUGUUGAGGAUCAGCGUGUCAAGAGGUGUUGUUCCUUACCUUCACCACUUGGGUCUUUCUGGGUAAGUCUCUAAGAGAUUUCCACACCUGGAUUGUGCAACAAUUGCCCAUUAUUCUUUUCAAAAUUCUUCAAGCUCUGUCAAAUUGGUUGUUGAUCAUUGCUAGACAACCAUUUUCAGGUCUUUCCAUAGAUUUCCAAGCAGAUUUAAGUCAAAACUGUAACUCGGCCACUCAGGAACAUUCACUGUCUUCUUGGUAAGCAACUCCAGUGUAGAUUUGGCCUUAUGUUUUAGGUUAUUGUCCUGCUGAAAGGUGAAUUCAUCUCCCAGUAUCUGGUGGAAAGCAGGCUGAACCAGGAACCUGUGCUUAGCUCAAUUCCGCUUCUUUUUUAUCCUGAAAAACUCCCCAGUCCUUAACGAUUACAAGCAUACGCAUAACAUGAUGCAGUCACCACUAUGCUUGAAAAUAUGGAGAGUGGUACUCAGCAAUGUGUUGUAUUGGAUUUGCCCCAAACAUAACACUUUGUAUUCAGGACAAAAAGUGAAUUGCUUUGCCACAUUUUUUGCAGUGCCUUGUUAGUUGUUAGUUACUUAGUGCCUUGUUGCAAACAGGAUGCAUGUUUUGGAGUAUUUGUAUUCUGUACAGGCUUUGUUCUUUUCACUCUGUCAAUUAGUUUAGUAUGUGGAGUAACUACAAUGUUGUUGAUCCAGCCUCAGUUUUCUCCUAUCACAUCAAUUAAACGCUGUAAACGUUUUAAAGUCAGCAUUGGCCUCAUGGUGAAAUCCCUGAGCGGUUUCCUUCCUCUCCGGCAACUGAGUUAGGAAGGACGCCUUUAUCUUUGUAGUGGCUGGGUGUAUUGAUACAUCAUGCUCAAAGGGAUAUUCAAUGUCUGCUUUUUCCCCCCCAUAUCCCAAUAGGUGCCCUUCUUUGCGAGGCAUUGGAAAACCUCCCUGGUCUUUGUGGUUGAAUAUGUGUUUGAAAUUCACUGCUCGACUGAGGGACCUUACAGAUAAUUGUACGUGUGGAGUACAGAGAUGAGGUAGUCAUUCAAAAAUCAUGUUAAACACUAUUAUUGCACACAGAGUGAGUCCAUGCAACUAAUUAUGUGACUUGUGAACCAAUUUUAUACUUCUGAAUUUAUUUAGGCUUGCCAUAAAAAAAGGGGUUGCAUGGUUAUUGACACAAGACAUUUCAGCUUUUCAUUUUUUAUUAAUUUGUAAAAAGUUAAAAAAACAUAAUUCCACUUUGACAUUAUGGGGUAUUGUGUGUAGACCAGUGAUAAAAAAUUAAGGCUGUAACACAACAAAAUGUGGAUAAAGCCAAGGGAUAUGAGUACUUUCUGAAGGCACUGUACAUGUUAAAUUAUGUAUUGGCAACUGUGGUAUGCUACAACUUUGCUACGUGGAGGUUCUUUGAAAUAAAUGCCAGUCAGCCCUUAUGCUCUAAAUGUGAACCACAUUGUUCCAACUUCCAACAGACACAAUGGUACAUGUUCAUUUACGACAUUUGAACUGGGCAGUUUUGUUUCUUUUAAAAAGGGGGAGUAGGGUGGUUCAAUCUAAAUCCAGUUAAAUGCACACUGCAACUCAGCCACAGUAAGGGUAAACAAAGAACGCUGCUGGCUUCCUGAGUGUAGGACGUUUUUUUCGGACAAAGGAGAAUGUAGCCUAUGUGGUGCAGAGAGGAGGAUGCGAGCUAAAUUGUUGGUGGUUGUUAUGGCUUCGAAAAUAUUCUGUCACGUUCACAUUGUAUUUAGCAGUAGAAUAAACUGUCUGAAAAGAAAACAACGUUCAACUAACAAUUAGGUGGUCAUAGACUAUUUUCAUUUUGCAGUUCCAAAUAGUUAACAAAUGCAUUGGUUGUCUCAGUUAGCCCUGGAUGUAAUGCUACCAAUGAAGACAUGAAAUUAGUUAAUACACUCUUAAUACAUCAGCUUGUCCAGGAAAAGUAGGUGGCUGCUUACUUUCGAUGAAGCAACAGGAAAGCCCUCAUUUCCCAAUUAAAUCUUUGCACUCGCUCAACCGUACUGUCUGAAAGUUGAAUGUUUACAUGGCAGAUGCUGGCUUGGGUAAGCGACCAAAAGAUAACCUCAUAGCUUAGCUCCUCUGAUUGGAUGAAAGAGGAUUGGGCCUCGUUUUAAUGGAGAUCAGAAUUCAACAAACCCAAAGCUGGCGUCGAGUGUGACCCUAUUCCACCAAGGAAUUACAGUAAAGUAGACAGUCGUCCCCUCUCAAUGGUCACUUUAUUUUAGAAGUGGAUCAAAUUACUUAAUUACAUUUACAUUUUAGUCAUUUAGCAGAUGCUUUUAUCCAGAGUGACAUACAGGCACAAUUAGGGUUAAGUGCCUUGCUCAAGGGCACAUCAACAGUUCUCAUUCAUUUCCCUUUUAAAUGGGUUUACAGUGGUUAAACUAUUUGUUUUAGUUGUGUUCAGAGUCUUAGUUAGCAUAGUCUUAUUUUGCAUAGUCUUAUUUUCACAUAUUAAAACACAAAUCUAAAUAAAAAUGUACACAACGUGGCCAAAAGUAUAUGGACACCUGCUCGUCGAACAUCUCAUUCCAAAAUCAUGUGCAUUAAUAUGGAGUUGGUCCCCCCUUUGCUGCAAUAACAGCAUCCACUCUUCUGGGAAGGCUUUCCACUAGAUGUUGGAACAUUGCUGCGGGGACAUGCUUCAAUUCAGCCACAAGAGCAUUAGUGAGGUCGGGCACUGAUGUUGGGCGAUUAGGCCUGGCUCGCAGUCAGCGUUCCAAUUCAAUGGGGUUGAGUUCAGGGCUCUGUGGAGGUCAGUCAAGUUCUUUCACACCGAUCUCGAGAAACCAUUUCUGUAUGGACCUUGAUUUGUGCACGGGGGCAUUGUCAUGCUGAAACAGGAAAGGGCCUUCCCCAAACUGUUGCCACAAAGUUGGAAGCACAGAAUCGUCUAGAAUGUCAUUGUAUGCUGUAGCGUUAAGAUUUCCCUUAACUGGAACUAAGGGGCCUAGCCCGAACCAUGAAAAGCAGCCCCAGACCAUUAUUACUCCUCCACCAAACUUUACAGUUAGCAUAUGCAUUUGGGCAGGUAGCGUUAUCCUGGCAUCCGCCAAACCCAGAUUCAUCCGUCGGACUGUAAGAUGGUGAAGCGUGAUUCAUCACUCCAUUGAACACGUUUCCACUGCUCCAGAGUCCAAUGGCGGCAAGCUUUAUACCACGCUAGCCGACGCUUGGCAUUGCGCAUGGUGAUCUUAGGCUUGUUUGCGGCUGCUCGGCCAUGGAAACCCAUUUCAUGAAGCUCCCGACUAACAGUUAUUGUGCUGACGUUGCUUCAAGAGGUAGUUUGGAACUCGGUAGUGAGUGUUGCAACCGAGGACGGACGAUUUUUACACGCUGCGUGCUUCAGCAUUCAGCGGUUAUUUUCUGUGCGCUUGUGUGGCCUACCACUUUGCGGCUGAGCCGUUGUUGCUCCUAGACAUUUCCACUUCCCAAUAACAGCACUUACAGUUGACCGGGGCUGCUCUAACAGGGGAGAAAUUUGACGAACUGACUUGUUGGAAAGGUGGCAUCCUAUGACGGUGCCACAUUGAAAGUAACUGAGCUCAUCAGUACGGGCCAUUCUACUGUCAAUGUUUGUCUAUGGAGAUUGCAUGGCUGUGUGCUCGAUUUUAUACAACUGUCAACGACGGGUGUGGUUGAAAUAGCCGAAUCCACUAAUUUGAAGGGGUGUCCACAUACUUAUAUAUCCUAUAUGAUGAAACAAACAAUCAACAGCUUAUUUUGUACUGUAACUUAUUUUGUACUGUAACUAGGAUCCCACUGCCAGGAUGUCUUGAUUCAAAUGGUCAAUUUCUAUGGGGUGUGUUCUUGUCUACGCAGGUACAAUGGCUCCCUACCCAACGGAGACAAGGGGAGGCGGAAAAGCCGCUUUGCACUGUGCCGGAGACCCAAGGCCAGCGGGGUGAAACCCAGCACAGUGCACGUGGCGUGCACACCACAGGCAGCCAAGGUAGGAGCUAGGAAACAGUCAUACUGUAUGCUGGAAUUGAAGACUUCUUUCUGUAAUCGACUUCUGUAAAAGUCUCUUAUAUAACAUAAUGUAUGCUUGAUAAAAACAAGACGAUAGCGACGGCAUUGUCUCUUGUUGCCCUAAUACACAAUUUUCUCUAUAUCAGAUGCAUUAUAUCUGUCUUGUCUCCCGAGUGGCGCAGUGGUGUAAGGCACAGUGCUAGUUGGGAGGGGGAGGAGGAGGAGUACCACCUGAAGUAAAUAGUUAAUUGGUAAUGACAUCAUCCUGCUACUCCUAACAUCAAACUUUUCCCUCACCACCUGCAGGCCAUCAGCAACAAGGACCAGCACAGUAUCUCCUACACUCUGUCCCGGGCCCAGACGGUGGUGGUGGAGUACACUCAUGACAGCAAUACAGACAUGUUCCAGGUGAGUGUGUCCUCAGCGUGUCCUCACUGCUCAAGUCAAGCCUGGUCCCAGAUCUGUUGUGCUGUCUUGCCAACUCAUAUGCUCGACUGUGUGAUCAGGCUCUCCGUAGCCGAUGUGAGUAAGACCUUUAAACGGAUUACCAGGACGCAUACUCAGAGCAUGCGCUGACCAGCUGGCAAGUGACUUCACUGCACAUUUUCAACCUCUCCCUGACCCAGUCUGUAAUACCUACAUGUUUCAAGCAGACCACCGUAGUCCCUGUGCCCAAGAACGCCAAGUUAACCUGUCUAAAUGACUAUCGCCCUGUAGCACUCACAUCUGUAGCCAUGAAAUGCUCUGAAAGGCUAGCGUUCAUAGGCUAGGUUGAAUAGGGAAAAUUGUAGUAUCAUGUAGUAGCCUAAACCUAUCGAUGUUACAUUGAGCUGGGUGAAUGUAAUAUGAAUGACAGUCAUCCAAUAUGCUGUGAUAGAAAUAAGGCCAUGCUCAUAAAACAUUUUUUUAUUGUCCUCCCUCAUCUUAAACGUCACCGACUGCCACUGCGGUACAUCCUGUAUAGAUUAUAGAGAUUUGACGAAUGACAUUGUGGCUUCUCUAAGCUGAUUCAGCAGGCAGUUAAGCAGUGAGACCAUAUGGAGCCCAGGUGCACCUGCCAUCACUCAGACAUUCCUUUCUGAUACCCCCUUUAACUCUAUCUCUAGAGUAUCGAGCACUAAUGAGCUAGACGUAAGAGAUAGAGUAGCAGAGAGAGAGAGAGAGAGAGAGAGAAGAUAUGAGAGACGAGAGAAGAGAGAGAAGAUACGAGAAUUCUCUACUCUCAUCUCUCUCUCUAGAUCGAUCUUCUCUACUCUAUCUUCGCAGCUCUCGUCGAUACUCUCUCUCUCUCUCCCUCUACUCUCUCCUCCUCUCUCUCUCUCUCUCCUCUCUCUCCCCCUAAUGUGUCUCCUAAAGGAGUUUCUCUAAGUAGAGAAUGAUUGUUCCGUUCUCACUGCCAAGUAACAAAUAUAAUUGUGAUAACAAUAGGGAGCAGUGGCUUUUACUUCUCACAUCACACCAAGACCAAAAACAAAAGUCACACUCACCCACCAACAACACACACAACACACACACACACACACACACACACACACACACACACACACAAGAUCCUUGUCUCGACUGUCUCCACUCAUAGUGAUUUACAGGCGUGAACAGUCUGGCGGUGGCCAACGCCAGGGCUGUUACUCCAUUACAUCUGCAUGACAUUAAGCGACAGCCUCAGCUAACAUCAAUCUGAAAAUGUUCCCCUCUCCUAUAUUAAUUUGCCACCUGUCUUUCUCUCAAUCUCAAUAGUCCAGGUCCAGAUCUGUAUGUGCUUUAGCCAACUCUAACUAAUGAAUGGAAUGAAAACUAUAGAAGACUAGGCUAACAGGCAACAAUCUUAGUGAAAGCACUAAUGGUUGAGAGACCACCUAAAAAGGAGACAAGGAAAGGAAGCCAUUUGAGGACUGGGACAUAGAAUACAUAUCUGGGAUUCCUAAAGCUAAUCCAAAUAAAGAACUAAAUCAGUUGAGUUACUAUAUAUGCCUCUCUAAAAGCUUUUUCGCAAGAACAUUACUAAAGCUGAUAACUCAUAUACCUCUAUACCCUUCCAUCCCAGAUUGGGCGUUCCACAGAGAGCCCCAUAGACUUUGUGGUGACGGACACAGUGCCCGGCAGCCAGCAGAGCCACGGGGGGGAGGGCCAGACCCAGACCCAGACCCAGUCUAUCCAGAGCACCAUCUCGCGCUUCGCCUGCCGUAUCAUCUGCCAGCGGAGCCCGCCCUACACCGCUCGCAUCUACGCCGCCGGCUUCGACUCCUCCAAGAACAUCUUCCUGGGGGUGAGUUGGUGAUUGUGAUGAAAACAAAAUAGCUGCCAUAUAAUUAGGAUAGAAAUAAUACUAGUAUGAUAUACUGUAUCUCUGUAAGCAUUUGCAAUUAGCAUUUAUGAUGCAAUGAUGUUUAUGAGCCAUAAUAAAACCGUGAUAUAACUAUGAACUAUUAGAACUAAAAGAAUUGCACGGAUAUUUCCUUUUCUACUGUCUAUCCCUUCUCUCACCCAGGAGAAGGCUGCCAAGUGGAGGACACAGGACGGACAGAUGGACGGGCUGACCACUAAUGGCGUGCUGGUGAUGCACCCUCGCCACGGCUUCACGCAGGACUCCAAGCCGGGCGUGUGGAGAGAGAUCUCUGUCUGUGGCAACGUCUUCACCCUCAGAGAGACCCGCUCCGCCCAGCAACGGGGCAAAAUGGUGGGUAGCUAGUACAUAGACACAAGCAUGCACACACACACACACACGUACACACACAGAUGCACACACACGCAUUAAGUAACAAGCACUAACAUGUGUGUAGAUGUGAGCACUUGCAGAUACAUAACAUGUUCACACACACAUACACACAUUCCUGUGCAGUCUCAUUGAGUGAGUCUCCUCUCUGCAAGCCAUGCCAUGCCAUUGUUUUGCAGGGAAAUUGUCUUAAGAAGCUGUUUCUGAAGCAUUAAUACUGCACUAAUUGAAUGGAACCCACCAGCUAUUAUCCCCAGUUUCCACACUAACUUGGAACAAUUGAUCUCUGGAACAAUUUUUCAGAACAUAGACUCUACCGUCCUCCAAAAUGUUAUUGUUGGGUAACUUCAUUAAAGUCAUUGAACAACAGCUCUGUGAUAUGAGCAGAUGGGAAAUCUUAACAAAUUAAUUUGUUAUCUCAGUUGUACAGAAUAGUCUGGUUGGAUGGGCUUUAGCUGUUUGAGGUCUCGGUUUCUCAUACACAGAAAUCAGCAUCUGAUUUAUAGUGUGAUAGGUCUGUUAUGUCACCGAUAAUAACCUCCCCUGGAAAACCCUGACUCUAGACCUUUAAGUUCCAUCCCCUUCUCCCAGAGACCACACAGUCAGUUUGGAAGAUUGCUGUGUGUCAGAGGAAUUCUCAUAGGAAUCCCCUCCCCUCCUCACCCUCCUAACCUCACCGUCAUUUUGGGAGGAAUGACUGAGAGUCUCAGACAUGCUGUUAUUAUGAUUAUGAUGUGGUUUAGCCUUUAGACUUUAAAACUGAGGCACGGGAACGGCCAGGGAAGGGGGGAGGAAAUGCCAAGAGCUGAUAAGGGAGGGAGAGAGGAAGGGAUGCUGGUUCAGUGGGUUCAGUCCCAGCAGGUCUGCACUCAGUCUGAAACAAAAACAAGGUUUCUUUGAUCUAUUAUUGAGCUAAAGGCCAAUAAUACAGGACAAUGCUCAAUACAAUACUGAAAUAUACUUAUCUCUCUUCACUCCAAAGAAAUGAAAAGCACUACACAAGGUCCCUUAAUGGAGAACCCAUGAUCCCCCCUUCACCCCACAGCUAUUAAAUGUGGCAUCUAUAGGUUGCCGUCUACAGGACCAUUGACACAUUUAAUCAAGGCAGACUGCAGAGCCACUCCAUGUGGAGCAUGUGUUUGUAUUGUGUUUGUGAAUAUCUCGCCAUCUCUUUGCUAAUAUUUCUGUGUCUCUUGUCCUCGCCUCUCUCCCACUGCAGGUGGAGAGCGAGAGCCAGGAACUGGUGGACGGCUCGCUGAUCGACCUGUGCGGCGCUACCCUCCUGUGGCGCACGGCCGAGGGCCUCUCGCGCACCCCCACCGUGAAGCACCUGGAAGCCCUGCGGCAGGAGCUGAACGCUGGGCGGCCCCAGUGCCCGGUGGGCUUCAACACCCUGGCCUUCCCCAGCCUCCGCCGCAAGGAGAUCCUGGAUGAGAAGCAGCCCUGGGUCUACCUCCGAUGCGGCCAUGUGCACGGCUACCACGGCUGGGGAGGCCAAGGACGGGAGCCCGAGGAUGAGGUGGUGGAGGUGGGCCGGGAGAGGGAGUGCCCCAUGUGCCGAACCAGGGGGCCGUAUGUACCGUUAUGGCUGGGGUGUGAGGCGGGGUUUUACCUGGACGCGGCACCGCCCACUCACGCCUUUAGUCCGUGUGGUCACGUGUGCUCGGAGAAGACGGCGGCGUUCUGGAGCCAGAUCCCGCUGCCACACGGCACGCACACCUUCCACGCCGCGUGUCCGUUCUGCGUGCAGCAGCUGGCUGGUGAGAGCGGCUACCUCAGACUUAUCUUCCAAGGGCCCCUGGAC